AUGACGUCGUCGAGCGCGCUCGGCGCGACCGCGGUCGUCGGCGCCUCGUACGCAGCGAUCGCCUACCUCUUCCACGUGCAUGCGCCGCAAGCCUACAUGGACGAGAUCUUCCAUGUGCCCCAGACGCAGCAGUACUGCAUGGGCCAUUGGGACACAUGGGAUCCGAAAAUUACGACCUUUCCCGGGCUCUACGUGGCGGGCGUCGCGUUUUCCAACGCGGUCCAUUUCGUGCAGACGUUUUCCGUCUCGGUGCGCAUUGCCUACUGCUCGACGACGGUGCUGCGAUGCUUGAACCUCCUCUUCGCGAUCGGCAACGUCUACCUCAUUGUGCUCUUGCGCCAAAUGAAAGAGUACACGGCGCACGAGCGGUCGCACGCGAUCGCGCACGGCCUCAUGAUUGCGUUCUUCCCGAUCAACGUCUUUUUCAGCUUUCUCUACUACACGGACGUGGCCGGGCUCUUCUUUGUGCUGCUCAUGUACCUCCUCUCGCGCGUGAGCCAGCGCCAGCGCCUUCGGUCCGGGAGCUGCACGACCACGUACUUGGCCAGCGUGCUCUGUGGGUACCUCGCAGUCGCGGUGCGCCAAACCAACAUUCUCUGGGUGCUCUUCAUCCUUGGCACGGCCAUUGUACAGGACAUUGAGACGACGCAUGAAACACACUUGUAUGCCUGUCCGAGCGGCGCCGAGUCGAGCUCCCACCUCGGCAUCGUGCUCCUCAAGUUCUUGACGUUCCUGCUCAAGGAUUCGGUCCUCCUCACCAAGCGCUACUGGGCGACCAUCUCGAUCGUUGUCGCCUUUGGCGCGUUCCUCGCCGUCAACGGCGCCAUCACCGUGGGCGACACGGCCAACCACGUGGCGGGCUUGCAUUUGGCGCAGCUGCUGUACUUUAUGACAAUUGCCACCAUGGGCUUUGGCCUCGUCUGCCUCUUUCCAGUGCGCCUCGAGACCUUCUUCCGCGACGUGGGCCAUGCGCUAACGUCGAGUGUUCGAUCGUUUCUGACGUCGAUCGCCGUUGUCGUUGCGCUUCUGUUUGCGAUCGACCGCUUCAGCUUGACACACCCUUUCUUGCUCGCCGACAACCGCCACUACACGUUUUACCUCUGGCAGCGCUUGUACCUCAAGCACGCGCUCGCCAAGUUUGUGCCCCUCCCGCUGUACAUUUACGCUGCGUGGUUUCUCUGGAAGGAGCUCCGCAAAGCGACGACGUUGCUGUGGCUCGUGGUCUUUGGCGUCGCGACCGCCCUCGCCCUCGUGCCGUCGCCGCUCGUCGAGCCGCGCUAUUUCCUUGUUCCGUACACGCUUCUCCACCUCCAUUCGCCCAAGCAACCGCUCAUCCCGGUACUCUUGACGUCGGCGGUCUUUUUGGCCAUCAACGCGGUUACGAUGUACGUCUUCAUAUACCGCCCGUUCAAUUGGGUCGAUGGCUCGAUCGCGCGCUUCAUGUGGUAGAGACAUACACGUGAUAGGAUAUAAUAAGCGUCUUCAAUAUUGUCUUAUCAAAGAGAAUGCAUAGUACAGUCUCC